AUGUCUGCCCAAUACCUCGACGUGCCCGUCCUUCCUACGGAUGUUGCCUUUGGCUUGCUAGCCGAUUUCGAUGCCGACCAAGACCCAAAGAAAGUCUCCUUAAUUGCUGGAGCCUAUCGGGAUGAAAAGGGCCUACCUUGGAUCCUUCCCAGCGUGAAACAAGCGAAAGAGCGCAUUGCAGCCGACCCAAGAUCGCAUCAUGAGUAUCUUGAUAUUGCAGGGUCCCCUGUAUUUUUGAAUAUUGCCAGGUCCCUCGUAUUUGGAACCGAGCUAGCUGAAAGCUGGAACGUCGCAAGCAUCCAAGCUGUGUCUGGUACCGGAGCAAAUCAUCUGGGUGCUUCAUUUCUUGCCAAGCACUUGAAACCCCAGCAUGUCUUUAUCCCGGACCCUACCUGGGUAAACCACAAAACGGUCUGGGCUGUGGCAGCCCCUGAAGUGGCUCAGAGAGAGUACCCAUACUACGAUCCAAAGACGCGGUCCAUUAAGUUCGCCGAUAUGCUUUCGACACUGGACAUAGACGCACAGCCGAACGACGUGGUCAUCCUUCAAGCAUGUGCCCAUAAUCCCACAGGUCUGGACCUAACUCGGGACCAAUGGAAGCAGCUAGCAGACUUAGCUUUGAAGAAGAAGCUGUUCGUCUUGUUUGACAGUGCCUACCAAGGCUUCGCAACUGGAAAUGUAGAAGACGACGCAUGGUCAGUGCGGUAUUUCACCGAGCAUCUUCUAUCGAGCCCAGACCCUGAUCAAAGGAUUCCCGGACUAUGCGUUGCACAGUCUUUCUCCAAGAACUUUGGACUUUACGGUGAACGGGUGGGCGCAUUGCAUUUAGUCGCCCCAUCGGACGUUUCCAUACAAGGAGCCAAAUCUCAACUGUCACUGAUUGCGCGAGCAGAAUAUUCUAAUCCGCCUCGAUUUGGUGCUCAGAUUGUUCAAACUGUCCUCACGGAUCCAAGGCUCAGAGAGCAAUGGCAGCAGGAUUUGAACACCAUGAGCUCGCGCAUAAUGGGCAUGCGGAAGCAACUGCGGACGAGGCUGGAAGACCUUGCCACCCCUGGAGAUUGGUCUCACAUUGAGUCCCAGAUUGGGAUGUUUAGUUAUACAGGGUUGAGUAAGGAGCAUGUUAAUAAGCUGAAGGAGGAGUAUCAUAUCUAUCUAAUGCCCUCUGGACGGGCUAGUCUCUGCGGGCUGAAUGAGGGGAAUGUUGACUAUGUCGCGAGGUGCAUCUCCAAGGUAGUGAAGGAGGUCUGA